AUGUCACGUCUUCGUGGAUGAGGAUGAAAUAUUGGACGACGGUUUCGGAAUUUACAAUUAGUCCAGAAACUUCGGUUAAAUAGAUCGGCAGAAGAUCAAUUGACGGACAAUGAAAAUUUAAGAAACCAGGCUGCAAUCACACGUACUAAUGAAAGUCAAGAGCAACGCAAUGAACGCCGUCGAGCUAAUGCAUUGAGACAAAGACUGACCCAUCAACGAGUCACCGACACAUUCAGAACGCCUAAACAACAGCGUUUGCAAGUGUAUCGCGCAUUUACACGUGUAUCACUUCUUCGCCUUGCGUUUGAAUAUGAACCGGACAUCGACCAUUCAUCACAUUCACAAAUUGUAAUCGGUGUUAUGAACAAACAAUGCCAACACUGUCAUGCACUCAAAUACUUAAGUGAAUCGGCCGGUUUCUGCUGCACGUCUGGAAAAGUUGUAUUGCCACCAUUGAAUUUGACGCCAGAUCCAUUGAAAGCAUUAUUGGCUGGAGCUAAAUCUCAAUCUAAAUUGUUUUUGCGUAAAAUUCACAAAUUCAAUUCGUGUUUUCAAAUGACAUCAUUUGGAGCAACAAAAAUUGUUCAAAAUGCGGAUGGUCGCAAUUUUCAAUCAACGUUUAAGAUUCAAGGCCAAGUGUAUCAUCAAAUUGGUUCUUUAAUGCCGAUGUCUGAUAGCGAUUCAAAAUGUCUGCAAAUCUACUUCAUGGAUAAUGAGGAGCAGCAAAUAAACGCACGCUGCCAGUACAACCAUAUCGAGCAGAUGGAAGAGCGAGAAAUUAUGAGUAUUUUAGAAUCAUUUUUUACAAAAUCACAACCAGUUGGUCCAUUUUUUCGAUACCGUUUCAAACAGACUACAAAGCGACAACUAUACGAUCGUCAUCAAACCAGAAAAAGUACCAUCUGGGCAGCACACGGGCCGAUAGAAUGCACUGACCAUUAA